AUGGAACACGGUUCUUACUCUGAUCUGAGUAAAUCAACGUUUUCUCUUGUGGACGAGGAUCACACUUUUGCUAAUUCCGUCAGAUUCACAUUGAAUCAAGAUCCAAGAGUGACAUUUUGUGGGUACAGCAUUCCUCAUCCUUCAGAAAAUCGUGUUAAUGUCAGAGUUCAGACAACUGGGGAUCCAGCAAGUGAGGUAUUAAAAGAUGGUUGUCAGGAUCUGAUGCUUAUAUGCCAACAUGUUAGGAGCACUUUUGAGAAGGCAGUUAAUGAUUUUAAAACCAGCAAGACUGGAGAUGAUAUGGAUAUAUGA